CCAGCACAUCCUCCUAGCACCUGCACAGAGGGGCCAUGCCUGGGGAGCAGCCCCAAGGAGCACCGGCCCUGGCCAGGACUGGAGACCGGCAGCCCUGCCAGGUGGCCAGUGGCCUAGGGCACCACUGCCAGCCCCCCUGCAAGGACCAUGCCCCGGCCAGCAGGCCCGCCAAGGGCGCAAGGGAGGCUGGCUGCGGGACCCAGGCUGUGGAAACCCGGGAGGCCCAUUUGCGGCAGGCCCAGGUGGGGGCUUCCAAGGCCUCACUCCUGAGAACCCAGGCCCUGGGCAGUGGCCCUGAGAAGGGGGGUGGGACCCAGGAACCCCCAUUAAGGAGCCCCUCACAGGCUCAUAUGCGGCUGGUAGGUGGGGUGGCCAACAGCCCCCCACAGACGUACAGUCUAAGCAUUGCCAGCUCAAGGGUCAAACCUGCCCUGGACAAGGCCUCUGAGGGCCAGCAGCCUGAGGCCACCCAACUCCCAGAGACGAAGACCCCCCAGGGACCUAAGCCUGAAGCUCCCCUCAGGCCCAGCGUUCCGAGGGCCGAGGCCCAGCUGGAGCUCAGUUUCCAAAGGUGCUUCCGAGAGGCCCCUUCCAGCUUUACCUCCACCAACCAUACCUCAGCAAACGCCACCCCCGGGCCCCCAACCCUGCGGGCCCCCCCAAGCAGGGGUGCCAGCCCCCUCAGGCCAGCCUCCUAUCCGCAAUUCCCGGCCAGUGGGGCCAACUCCUGGCCUCUCGCUGCUGAGAACAGCUUCCCAGGUGCUAAUUUUGGGGUUCCCCCCACGGAGCCAGAGCCUUUUCCUGAAGGUAGUGGGCCAAGCGGCAGCCCUAAAGGGGUCUCCUUCCCGUUCUCCUUCCCGGCACUACACCGGGCGGGCACGAAGCUUUUCCCUGCAGACUCAGCUGGGCAAAAGUAUGCUGACGGGAUGCUGGUGUUCACCUUCCACCAGGCCCCAGGUGCGUGGCCAGGGGAGGCUGUGGGCAUAGGCCCAGCCUACCCACCUGCCACACCUGCACUCCCAGCCCUGCCCUGCUACCCGGGCCAGCCAGGCAGCCUCAACCCCUCCAGAGACCUCAGCAGUGCCCUCUCUGCCCCGGGGGUCACUCACCCAACCCCGACCCCCUUCUCGGACAAUUUGCACAAGAGCCUGACCAAAGUCCUUCCCGACAGGCCACCUUCAGCCCAGGAUGGGCUGGGGAGCCCAAGGGGACCCUUGAAACCCCUGCCCCAGAGACGCUUUCCAGGACAGGCAUGUGGAACCAGGGUGGACACUAGUCCAGGACCUCUGGACACUGAGCUGGCCACUCCAGGGCCCUCACCCACCAGACUACCCCCACUGUGGGACCCCACAGCAGCCCCCUAUCCCACACCUCCCUUGGGCCCCCAAGGCACCAACCAGAAUACAUUCUUCGAAGGCCAGCCUAGCCCCAGCCAGCAGCUCUGCCUCCCCCAGAGUCCCCCGCUGCCCUGGGCCCAGGUGCUCCCAACCGCUGGGCCGAGUCCCCACCCAAUGGAUGUGCAGAACCGGCUGCCUUUCCCCACUGCAGCCCCAGAGUGGCAGGGGGGCAGCCAGGGAGCCCUGGGCACCACUGGCCGAACACCUGGGUCUGGAGACAAACUGGCAGCCAUGAGCAGCAGUCCAGACCAGCUGUUCACCUACAGUGGGCCCAAGGACCCAGGAGCACAGCCCCUGUUCUUCAGAGUGGCUCAGCCCCAGCUUUCACCCCAAGGGACACCCAGCCUGCCCCCGGCCAGGGUGGUGGGAGUCUCCCCCAGUGAGUCCCCGUUGCCUUCGCCAGCCACCAAUGCUGCCGGCAGCACCUGUUCCUCCCUGUCACCUUUGUCCAGCAGCCCAGCCAACCCCAGCUCUGAGGAGAGCCAGCUCCCUGGCCCCCUUGGGCCCCCAGCCUUCUUCCACCCAUCCCCAGACCCUCCACAUGCCCACCCCACCCACUACCAGCCAGAGCCAGCCAAGGCCUUCCCAUUCCCCCCAGACAGGCUGGGGGUCGAGGGUGCUUUCCGGGACCUGGAGGAGGCCCCACUCCCCAACGAGCCACCCCCGUGCUCUGCCCACCACCUGUCCCUCAGCAGUGCCAGCCUGGCCCAACUGGACGUGCUGCUUACCUGCAGACAGUGUGAUCGCAACUACAGCAGUCUAGCCGCCUUCCUGGCACACCGGCAGUUCUGCGGCCUGCUCCUGGCCAGGGCCAGGGACAGCCACCAGCAGCCCCAGGGCCCCCCGGGGCUCCCCUCACCACUCACCACCCCCAAAGCAGCUGCUGACACGCGCCCAGGCCUGCUCAGCCACAGUAAGACUUCCCCCUUCCUGUCCUCUGGGGACAUCCAGGAAGAAGGCAAAGACGACUCCCUGAGGAUGAGUUUCUUGCCCAGCCUGGCCACCACCCCUUUGCCCCUCCCCACCACAGACCUGGACAUGGAGGAUGACGCCAAGCUGGACAGCCUCAUCACUGAGGCCCUGAAUGGCAUGGAGCACCAGCCAGACAGUCCAGACAUCGAUAGCAGCUUCAUUGAUGUCUUUGCGGACGAGGAACCUUCCGGCCCCAGAGGACUUGGUGCUGGGAAGCCCCCCAAGACCAGGGUGGGGACAACUCUAGAGAACAGAGACCAGCCACUGCUUGCAGCAGCCACACUGGAACUACAAGCCCCCCGCCCCGGGGAUGGGGGCCACCCAGCCCAAAGCAGACCCAAAACUCGCUCCCUGGGUCUGACACCCUCAGAGGGAGAAGCCACCAGCCUCGUCAGGCAGCAGAGGAGAGGAAAGCAGUUGAAGCUAUUCCGGAAAGACCUGGACACGGCCAACACAGCCAAGGGGGCUGACGGAGGCACCAAAGCCACCUGCCUGAGGCCCAGGAGGAAGGACCGCCAAGCAGAGUGGCCCCGGCGCUGCGGCCGAGACCUCCGGACUCAGGCCCCUAAGGGCUGCACAGAACCUGACACCCAAGUCCCAAGGUCUACCCCUCUCGCUGAGGAGACCAGGAACACCAGGCAUGUCCGGGAUUCCCCCAGGAAGGACCCCAGGAGAAGGAAAGCGGGAGCCGGCACUUGGAGCAAGGAGCUGAUCCACAAGAUCGUGCAGCAGAAGAACAGGCUCGGGAAGCUCAAGGAGGCCUCAGAGUCAGAGGACGAGCUUCCUCGGCAGAAGGACUGUGGCUUCAGGGGCCGGCCCCGCCGCAGCUGCCGGCGCUCACACCAGCGGGGGAAGAGAAAGGACCUGGACUUGGCCUGGGGUACCAGUGAGGACAGAGAACCAGAGCCCAGGAAGGCAGGGAUGCAGGACACGGGGGAGCAUGGCUGCCCACCAAGCCCAGAGCAACCACACAUGCCUUCCCUGGGCUCCCCACCAAGCCCAGAGGCCAACGAGAGAGGCCCCCCCUGUGCUGACCACCCCACGGCAGCCCCCCAGCUUCCCCUGCAGAUUCCCCCAAACACCAAGACUCCAGAGGAAAACCACCCCCAUCAGGCCAAGAAGCCUGGAAUUGCUGAAGAGUUAUCCCCCGACACCAUAGAACUCAGAGAGGGCUCAAGUGCUCCUUCAGCCGCCUGUGUAAAGGACAGCCCUAGGCCACCACCUCCAGAGCAGCCCCAGUCUGACAGAGAGGACAGCAGCCCCGAGCCCUUGGGGAGCCUCCUUGACACCAUGCCCCAAGGGAGGUCCCCAACAUCGGCUGCAGACGGUCUGGUGCGUGCUCUUGGGGACAUGAGGCCCCCUGUCCCCUGUGUCAGAGAGGACUCCUCUGCCCACCAGCCAGGGGGAUUUCCAGAGCCUGUUGCUAACGCCAUAAAUGCUGCCCACCCUGAACCCAGCAUCCUGUUCUCAGAGAACUCUGAUAGUGGUGGUGGCCCUGCGCAUGUUAACAAACUCUCCACGGGAGUUCCAGGUGCCAAGAAGGGACCCCAUCCCUGUAGCAGGCCCCCCAGUGAAUUGUUCCUUGGACCCAAAGACCUGGCUGGCUGUUUCCCAGAUGACCUGUACUCCACACCUGCAGCUGUGGACACACCAGAAGCUGGCAGCCCCUAUCUCUGUGAUGACAGUGCAGACACCUAUUCCCUGAAGCUGAAACCACCUAAGAAUUCAUCUUACACAGUUGAAACGGACCCAGGCAAAGCUGCAUCCCCACUGACCUUGGAGUCCACGUCCCUCUUUUCAGGGUUGCCCAUGGACGGAUUUGGCCCACCCCUCUAUGACAACUUACCUGCACACAGGGACCCCCAUGUGCCAUUUGCAGGUGCCAGCCCUCCCCAGGAGAAAUCCCAGGUCAGUGCUCAGUACCCCACAAUUUUGCUGCUUGAAGAAGUAUCCCCGGUGCUGCCCAGCCAUUUUUCUGACCUUGCAGAGGGAAAGGGCUUCAGGAAGCAGGGUCCUGGAGUGGGGACAGUGGUGUCCAGCCCUCCCUCUUUGCCGCCUGGGAAGAGAAGCGAGUGUGGCUCCACUUUUAUGAACCACCUGUCAGAGGACGAGCUAGAGAUCCAGAGAUUGGUCACUGAACUAGAAAGUCAGCUGCAAAGAAGUGAAGACCCACGCGGGGCCCCCGGGGCAGGUGGAGAAGCUGAGCGUGUGGGCAAGGUGGGCCCGGGCACAAGCAUGGAACCAUCCUCACCUCUGCCCACCCACCAGACCACCUUGACCCACAGGGACACGUCCUCUGCAGCUGACCUCACUGGUGUUGGGGAAUCAAAUUCACAUCAGGAAGGUGCAAAACCAUGCAUGGUCACCACAGAAGAGGCUCUCAGGAGACCCCUGGGGCAGUGGCCUCACCCAGCCUUGUUCACUCAGGAAGACCUGGUUUCUGGGGCUCCUUUUGGCCCCGUGGAGGCCAGCCACAGUUUUCAGCUGGUGCAGAAAGCCAGAGUCUCCAAGGUAGAAGGAGAAGGCACUUCCAACCCCACCAAGCAGCUGGAGCCCCUGCUGAGUGCUAAGAGUUUAGCAAGGUGCAGCCCAAACUCGGAUCUUCCAUUUCCCAAAAAUAAGGAGAUCGUGGGAACACAAGAAGGGGAAGGCACUUUGCUACCCUGUGCCUGUGAUCAGAGGCUUUCCCCAGAGUCCUGCAAGGCAGGCAGGUCCCAUAAGGAGAACCCCACACCGGAAGCAUUCAGUAGCCCCAGUGCCUACCUGGCACCUGACCUGUUUCGGGACAAUGGAGCUCUCCAUCUAGACGUCAUCUGGCCUCCUGGGGCCCACUGCAGCAAAGCCACCCUGGGACCCUCUGGAGGCAGGACAGGGGGGUCAGAGGGGGUCCUUCACUCCAUAGCAGAGGGGCCUGGCUCUGAGGGUAGUGAGUUUACACCAGCAGGGGCCUCCUCAUGCAUGGCCCCCCCAGGCAGAGAGGCUCAGCUUGUCCCUGUGCUGAGUCCUGCUUGCAUGCCUAACAGUGGCCCUGGUGAGAGGCCCCAAGGCCCAACCUCAAUCCCCCAACUCCAGUCUCUGGGGACUGAAGCAGCUGGGAGCAAAAAUGACCCCCAGGGCACACAUGGGCCACCACCUGCUGACCCCCCAAGGCCUCAGGGAGGGGACUCCCCCAAUCUAGAAGGGCACAAUGUGAAAGGCAAGAACGUGGCCCACAGCCCUGCCAGGGGCUCCCCAGGGGGAGAGGAGAUGAUUGCUGGACGUCAGGCAGAUGGACAUCUGGGCUUGCUCAGCCAGGCUGAAGAGCCCAAGGGCCAAGGCCAAGCCAGCCAGCUUCAGCCAGAUGACCCCACCCUGGGUGCUGGCCCUAAAACAACACCAGCCAGGCCCACCAGGGGAGGAGCCCUGCUAGGGGCAGUGCUCAAGGGACGCAGGGCAGCCUCGGGCCUUCAGAACAAGGCACAGCCCAGCCCGAGUCCCCCUUGCCCUGGUGCAGUGUCCCUCAAGCAGCCCUCCACAGAGGCCCAUACACAAGACGGGCCUGAGGACCAGGCUCUGGAGAAGGCGACCAGACCAGGCCUGAACACACAGGUGCCAUUCACAGGGACAAGCCUGGCCUCCCCCAUCAGUAGCCUGGCCACCUGUACCCCAUCACACACCACUCCAGCCACCCCCAUUUCCUGCAACCUCAAGCACCUGCCCCAGCAGGACCCCACUACCUGGACUUCCACUGAGGCCCAAGGGGAAUGGAGGGGUCUAUUCCCUCCAUCCCUAUCCAGUGGGGAGCCACUCAGCCCUGGACACCUGACAGCUUCUCCUCUAGGAGGGAUUGACUGUGUCCAGGCCCCCACAGAUGCUGAAGCUGGGGGACCCCCAGAGGCUUCCCCACCCUUAACGACACGGCCCUGUGACCCCAAGGAGGUCCUGGUUCACUGCCCUCUCCUAGAGGACAGCAGCCCCCUAGGAGAUGCCCCCUCACAGCAGCCUGGCUUCGUCAGUGUCUCAGGGGACAGCACAUUGAGCACCCUAAAUUCUAGAAAAGAGAGACCUGGGGUAUCUCCUGCCUAUGAUACCCCACCUCCCCCCAUUGGGACUGUUUCCCCCAGAGUGACCAGCCUUCCCACCGAAGAUGAGAUGAGAGCCACCAGACGGCUUCAGGUGCUAGAUCCACCCUGCAGCAUAGACCUGACUCCCACCAGCCCUGAUGGAUUGCCCAGCGGCCCCUCUCCACCCUCUCCAAAUAACAGUGCCCGCCUCAGCUGCAGGGAAGGCCAGGGAGCCCGGCCUGUGCCCGCUGACCCUACUACAGUAGGGGCCUCAGGGCCAGAUGAUCAUACCUGCCUGGAAGGUGAAGGGGGGGCCAGCAGCCAAGGGCAGCAGGACGUGGGGAUGCCUGAAAUUGGGUGCUCUGGCAUUAGUGAGGUGCCCUGGGCUGGUGCUGGGAGCCCCAUAGUCCCCUGCCCUCCCGAAGGACUCUGCCUGGGCAGGACCACAUCUCCAAGCAGGAUGGCCAGUGACUUCAGGCUCCACUCCCCCCCAAACCACAGAAAUACCCCCAACCAGACAACCCAAGAGGAACCCCUAGGUCCUCAAGCCCUCAAACAGAAUCCCCGGGGCCUUAAAAAGAAGCCCAUGUCCACAGAGCAUGGGCUCUGCAAGGGCCAGGCUCCAGGCACACUGCCUAUGACCUGUGAGUUCUGCCUGGCCUCCUUCCGCUCCAGGCCCGGCCUGACCCGGCACAAGGCCAGGAAGCACCAGCUGCCCAAGGGCAACUCCCCGCCAAGCCACACAGUCCAACCAUGCUGGACCCCAAGGAGGAAGAGCAGAAAGGCACCUGGGAAGGAUGGACUGUGCCACUCAAUAACAAGCCCCAGCCACACCACUGGGCCCCCUCCUGACCAGGGCUCAAAGGUCAGAACACCAGGCUCCCCACCCAACCAGAAGCCCCAUUCCCUGGGCCUGGCAGAAUGUGGGAUACGUGGGAAGCCCCCAGCCUCCAGGUCCAGGAGACCAGACCAGCCAGAGCCAGGCAAGCUCCAUCGCAGACGGGCAGACAAGAAAGAGGGCCAGAGGCGGCUCAGAGAGCCUGCAGGCUCCCUCAGCGACUUAGCAGAGACGUCAAGGAAGAAAGGGGGAAAGCUGGAAGCAAGGAGGAUUGGGGAGACCACUCCCCCUGACCUGGUUCCAGAUGGCUCCUGCUCCAGUCCAGCAGCUGCAGUGUCCAGUCACCCAGCCCCUCCGAGCUGCUGCCUCCCACCAGAGGGAGGGCCUACAGUAGCCCCAGGGCCCAGGGAGAUAGAGGCUGCCACAGAGAAAGAUGCCAGGGCCCUGUGUGCAGAGGGGACGCCCAGAGACCCAGAGAUGUGUCAAAGGAGAACAGAGGAAGUGUCUGCUGGGGAAUGGUCAGCUGAGCAUGAGGAGACCUUGGCAAGGGGGCCCUGGAGCCCAAGAGAGGCCAGGGCCUUGACUUACAGAGAGCCACCUCAAGCCACCAGGAGCCAGCCUGCAAAAGACAGCAGAGGGGCCAAGAGCAGCGCUUGGGAGGGCCAUGUCCCCUCCCUCAGCCCCCCAGGUCCUCCCGAGACUUGCAGCUCUGAAGCAAGCCUCCUGGACAACCCAACAGUCCAGGGUAGGGACCAGGGACCUGAAGGUCCCACUCCUGAGGCCUCCAGCCUGGGUCUCAAGGACCCACUGAGCUUGUUUGAUGAUGAGGUCUCCUUUUCCCAGCUCUUUCCUCUGGGUGGCCGCUUGACAGGGAAGAAGAACCCACGUGUGUACGGGAAGCGCAGUGAGAAACCAAAGCUCCCGAUGGUGCCCAAGCCCAGCAGCGAGGCUAGGAGUGGCUCCCCUCCGUGCUGUGCCCACCUGUCCACAGAUCUCAGUGACUCUGGCUCCCUCUGCCUCUCCCACGAGGAUCCGUGGGAGGACGAGGCCACAGGCCUGCCUGAGUCCUUCCUCUUGGACGGACUCCUCAGCAGCAAGGUCCCUGGCCUCAGCCUGUGGGCCCUGGAGCCUGACACUGAAGCCAGCACAGAGAAGGUGCUUCCCCUUCACCCUGAGGACGACCAUCUGGAGACCAUUCCCAAGCUGCACAUGGUGCCUGCAGCUUGGCGAGGUCGGGAGCUGCAGGUCCCCACUGAUGACACACCCCUUACUCUGGGGGGUGCCAGCCCUGAGCCCCCCAACCUGGAGAAAGAACGGUAUGAUGGGCUCCCUGGGAACAGCAGCCUGCUGCCAUUGCCUGCCAUGGACUUUGGGGUGCUGGGCACCAAGUUUGAGGUGCAAGACCUGUGCUUCCUGGGACCCUUUGAAGACCCCGAGGGUCUCUCUGGCCCAAAUUUCUUCGACUUUGAGGCCACAGCAAAGUCACAGGACCAAAUGACAGAGGAGGCAGCUGGACAGAGAAGGGCACAAAGCCGAGAGCAGCCAGCCAAGGGCAGGAGGGCCUCUUAUAAGUGCAGGGCCUGCUUCCAGCGCUUCUCCGGCCUGGGUGAGCUGGACCUGCACAAGCUGGCGCACAGUCCCGCCCCACCCCCCACCUGCUACAUGUGCGUGGAGCGCACGUUCAGCUCCAGCCAGCUGCUGCGGGAGCACCUGCGGGAGAAGCACCUGCCGGGCAAGGCGGGGCCCUGGGCCUGCGGCAUGUGCCUGAAGGAGGUGGCAGACGUCUGGAUGUACAACCAGCACCUGCGGGAGCACGCCGUCCGCUUUGCCCGCAAGGGGCAGGUGCAGAGGGUGGGACUGCCCAGGUGCUUGGAGGGUGGCAGUGCCUUCUCCCACUUCCUGAACAGCGUCCCGGAACCUGCAUCCAAACCCCACAGGGGCAAGCGCUCAGCAGGCAAGGCCCAUGGAACCCCUAGAGAGCCAGGAAAGAGGGGGGCCGGGAAAGAGAGCCGGAGGGAGAGGGCGAGAGCUGGAGGGAGAGGAAGCUCUACCCCCUCGGGCCCAGAUGGCGCCUCUACGCCUGACAGCGUCCUGGUCAAUGCGUCAGCGGAGGCCAGCAGCCCCGCGGCCUGCGCGCACCCUGCUCUGGCCAGCAACUCCGCCACCUCCCCAGUCCCCGCCAAGACGUCCCCGAGCCUGUCUCCAGACCCCUGGUCCGGCAGCGAGUCCCUCCUCCAGGCCAUCCCGGUGCACCAGGACUGCAAGGACCCCUCCCGCGACUGCCACCACUGUGGGAAGCGCUUCCCCAAGCCCUUCAAACUGCAGCGCCACCUGGCGGUGCACAGUCCGCAGCGCGUCUACCUGUGCCCCCGGUGCCCUCGCGUCUACCCGGAGCAUCGCGAGCUGCUGGCGCACCUGGGCGGGGCGCACGGCUUGAGGGAGAAGUUGGAGCUACAGCACACCCCGCUGUAUGCCUGCGAACUCUGCGCCACCGUCAUGCGCAUCAUCAAGAAGUCCUUCGUCUGCAGCGCCUGCAACUACACUUUCGCCAAGAAGGAGCAGUUUGACCGCCACAUGGAUAAGCACCUAGGGCGGGGGCAGCAGCCCCUCACCUUCCGGGCAGUAAGGAGGCCGGGAGCCCUGGGGCAGAAGGCCCCAGCCCUCGAGGGCGUGCUGCCCAGCAAACGGCGCAGGGUGGCUGUGCCUGGCAGCCCCCUGGGUCCCGGCGUGGACAGACCUCUGCCCCAGGGCAGCAGCCCAGCCCCAAGUGAGGGGUCCCACCUAGUUCUGCUCCAGCUUGGUCCACAGGCAGCUCCCAGCACCACCGAGGGACCACCCAAUACUCCAGAGAGGCCUGUAGACCCGGCGGGCCAUGUGGGCAGCAGUUGCAACCUGCCACCUGACCCCCAGGUGCACCCACCCCCAUCACAAUCUCCUUUCCCAGCUGCCUUGGCUGAUGGCAGAGGUGGCUGCAAGCUGGACCCAGUCCUAGGGAGGCCAGAGGAUAAGGCUUCCCCAGGCAGCCCUGGGCCUUUUGUCCAGCCCACUGUCCUAUCAGGGCCAUCGCUGCCCCACACAAGCACCAGAGGCCAAGACGCAGAAGAAAAGGGGGCUCCCAUCCUGCUCUCAGGGAAACGCAGGACCCCGAGCACCCGCGGCAAAUGUGCGCCUGUACGUACCCAGGAAGACCCCUCUGUGCUCCAGGAGAAGCAAGUGGCCACAUGCCACCUGAUGCCUGACGUGGGGACAGGGGGCCCCUCCCACAAGGGCAAUGCCACCAAGCCUGGUGGCUACCGGAGUUCAUCAAAAAACAGGUCAGGAUCGUCCACCCCCAGCCAAGCACCCAAGCUCCCAUUGCAGCCAAGGAGGACCAUGGGGAGCCUAGAGCCCGGAGAGCUGGCCUGCAGCACCGAGAACAGAAUGAAGGCCACCACCCCCAAAGAUAAGCCAGGGCCCAGCUCCCAGGGCAGUGGGGGCCCCCACCUUGGCACCAAGACUGGGGGUGGGAGCCAGCCCCAGCCAGCCAGCGGGCAGCUCCAAAGUGAGACAGCCACCACCCCAGCCAAGCCUGACUUCCCCAGCCAGAGCCCCACACCUGACAAGACCCCCCCUCGAGCCCAAGCCAAGGGCUACACCAAGGGGCCCAGGGGAGGUGGUGAUCAGGGGCCACAGUGGAGCCCAGGCCCCAGAGAGAAGGGGGGCGGGGGUGAGAAAAGAAAGAAGGGCCAAAUCCCAGGGUCAACUAGCAGUGAAAAUGCAGACAACUUGGAGAGAGUCCCCCCAGCCCCUAAUAGACCCCCCCGGGCCCCUCGAAAGCAGGCAACCCCUAGCCGUGUGCCCCCAGCCAAGCCCAGACCCAGUGGCCAGAACAGCAAGCAGAGGCCACAGCCCUCAGAGCCCAGCCACCCCCACAGGAGAGAUGUACAGGGCAAGACCUUCCCCCAGGCAAGACCUCUGCUCAGGCCCCCCAGGAGGGGCAGAGCUGUCCACGGUGCUGAGCCUGCUGACCAUGACUACCGGACUGCUGAGGCCCAGAGUGACCUCCUCAGCCAGCUCUUUGGGCAGAGACUAACUGGCUUCAAGAUCCCCUUAAAGAAAGACAUUUCUGAGUAA